CUGUGCGCUUGAAACGUCAUGGGCUGACAAAGUCCCUUCUUUUGCGAUUUCAUCAUAAUCUUUCCCAGAGUAUACUGUACUCGAAUUGUCUUUAGUCGGGUCAAUUGGCCUAAUCAUUGCCUGUCGCAAACCAAUCAAUCUCUCCAUCGAUCUAUAAACCCACCGUUUCCGACCCCGAAGAAGACCUUGAGGCCACCAUGUCUCGAGCUUCAAAGCUCACCCUGCUGGGUACUUCGCUCCUCACAGUCUGCACAGUUGUCGGCGUACACUUCCAGCAAAAGUUCGAACAAGCCGCCAUGCACGAAGGCGUCGUUCGAGAUAUGGAACAACAACGAAUCAAGCGAGAAAGACAAUUGGACUUUGACUUGCAGAAGCAACUCGAAGCAGAAUACAAGCGUGAGCAGACAGUGCACGACUCGAUAGCAGCGGCGGAGAAGGGUCUUCCGAAUCGAUAACACCAAGAACGGCGGGAAAGGUUACAAGAAAAAUUGUACUAUCAGCAUACUCCUCUCUAGCGACUACGGCGCCAUUAAAGAUUUUUGUUGCAUCAAUGCAUUUCGUUGUUUUUGCUAUAUUUCCU